CCCACCUGCUGAGAGGUCACAGUAAAUUUACUUAAAGGAGCCAUCAAAAAAGACAAACUGCCAUUCAGAUCACAGAAUCAAAAGAUGAGUGAAGACGACUUGUGUAAGAAAUCUGUGUCCAUGAUCUCCAAGAAAGGGAGACGUGAUGAAGACGUCAGCGCUCUGUCUGGACCAGACCUCUUGAUGGACAUUCAGGCCAGUCUCCAGCCCGCUCCCAUUGAUGAUGGUAUUAAAGGUCUCCAUGAGACACACAGAGGUGGUGUAUCUGAGUCUACAAGAUCUCUGGAGGAUCAGACUUCCCCUGGAGAUCCAUGCACCAGAGCUGUGGGCUUUGAGACUCGAUACACAGAGCUGGUGGUCUUUAAACAAUUCAAAAGAACCUACAGUGAGUGGCAACAUGAACUGGAGAAGAUGGGGAGACAACAUGCAGAGCUAAUAAAGGUGUGGACAAAAGAGAAAUGUGAGCGAAUCUGGACUGAGCAGCUUUUCAGGAGGAGUCCAAGAAGCGAGACAGACCCUCACAUUGUAGUGGUCAGUGGGGUGGCUGGAAUUGGGAAGACCACCAUGGUUCAGAAGAUCAUGUUUGACUGGGCCAGAGGCACUCAGUACCAGAGGUUUGCAUUUGUGUUCCUGUUUAAAUUCAGGGAGCUCAACCUACUAGACACAGAGACAGAGCCACAGAUGUCUCUGACCAGACUGAUUGUAAGGCACUAUAAAUAUCUCAAUGACUCAAAGUUGAGAGAAAUCCUUCAGAAACCUGAAUCUCUCCUCUUUAUAUUUGAUGGACUGGAUGAGUACAAACACAAACUGGACUUCACACAGCAGCGGCUCUGCUCAAACAUAGAUGACUACUUUCCUGUUCACUCCCUGGUCACUAGUUUGGUCAGAAGGACAUUACUGAAGGGCUGUACAGUCCUGAUAACCACCAGACCAACAGCCCUGGAGACCCUGGACAUGGAGAGAGUUGAUCGAUUUGCAGAGAUCCUGGGGUUCUUCCCUGAACAAAGGCUGAUGUACUUUAAGAAGUUCUUUGGUGAUGCUGAUCAGGGCUCUGAGGCUUUUCAGUACGUGGAGGAGAACGAAAUCCUGUACACCAUGUGCUUCAACCCCUCGUACUGCUGGAUUAUCUGCUCUGUGCUGAAGAGCCACUUCAUGACACCUGAAGAAGAGCGAGGAGCUGCACCCAAAACUGUCACUUUGCUGUUUGUGAUGUUCCUUCACAACAUCCUCACUAAUCACAGACGAGAAGCCAAGAACCAGCAAGAGAUUCUGGUCAAACUAGGAAAGAUGGCUUAUUAUGGGGUGGUGAACAGGACUCUUGUGUUUUAUGACAAGUUUGAGAUGUCCACCUUUGGUCUCCAGCCCGUCCAGUCCUCUACAUUCCUCUCAGGGUUCCUCAAAGAAAUCCUUCAGAGGGAAAGCACUCUGGAGCACACAACGUACACAUUCUACCACCUCACCCUGCAGGAGUUCAUGGCCGCCUGCUCCUUCUACCUCGAUCCAUCAGGGGGCAUCGAGGAGCUGCUUGAGAAGUUGGACUCAUGUAAAGAUGGCCGGUUUGAGAUUCUCACUCGAUUCCUGGCAGGACUGGCCAGGGAUUCUGUGUUUAAAACACUGGGGGGAGUCAUGGGGGAGUUUAAGAUGAAGACAGCAAAGCAGAUACUGGAGUGGGUGAAGAAGAAAGCUGAAGAGGCGCUACAGGGAGGACAUAAAAGUGAAGCUCUGAGUGUGUCAGUGGCUCUAUGA